AGGAAAUUUACCCUGUGCUUCCCACUAGUCUUUUCAUCCCCCGUGGUGAAGCGCGUGACGUCAUGCAAUUUCACGUGACGUCACGUAAUAAUUUUCUUGGCGAAUUGGGGUGUGAGAAGGGUGAAUCAAUUAUUUCGGGAUUUUCCAGGCGCAACUGUUCGAAUCACUGCUCGAAGCGACUUUAACAAGAUGACGUUCUCGUUGGAAUGUAUAUUACGUUUCUUGAGUCAUCUUUAAUAUACGGGCAAACAGCGAAGCAGGGUGAUGGGGGAUAAGCAACGGGAAGAACGUUUUGAUGCUGUGCUGCGGAGGGAUGCAUAUGAAAGCGACGAUAAAUGUCUAGAUGUAUACUGGAAAGCAAGGGAUACGGCACGCCUAUAGAUCCGAAAUGCCAGACUAGCGCGGCGGAUGAUGGAGAUAAUAGGUAGAGAGCAGUAGAGAAGAAAGUAGAGAAAGAACGUAGGCCGGAGUAAGUGAGAGAAUGAGUCACACUCAACAGCAUGUGCUCGCGAGCGCCAUAGUUCUCUCUCUGAUCGUCGUCUUCGGCAUCCACGUCUUCCUGUUUCCCAUGUACACGUCCAGCCCACCAGCAAGGCGUACCAAGAUAUCCACCUACGAGCAGGUCCUGUGUCAUGCAAGUUUUAAGAACGUAAGGAUUCCUGCCGAUCGAAGGAAUCCUUGCCCGAAGGAUGGGAUAGUCUCCGUCGUACAAGGUGGCAGGUUGGGAAAUCAAAUUUGGGAGUACGCUUCGGUCUGGGCCACGGCAAGAAGAACUGGCUUGGAACCUUUUAUGCCCCGAUGCAUUCUUAGAACUCUGGAGGAAUACUUUGACAAUUUGAGCAUUCCACCAUUGAGCUACAUUGGCUGGUGCACUCUGGACGUAGGGCAGAUCGUCAACUCGCUGAACCACUGGAACAGCACGGAACAGAAUAUUAUAAUUCCCAGACACGCGACUUACUGGUCUUUGAUACUUGUCUGGCUGGACGAUGUUCGCAAGGAAUUCACCUUCAAAUCAUCUUUAAAGUCCUCUGCAGAGUCGUUGUUGAAGAAAGUGGCUUUGCAGUUUAACGUGACUGAUCCAAUCUACGUAGGCAUCCAUGUGAGACGCACAGAUUACGUGGACUAUCUCUGGCAGAAGCUGAAAGUUCGCCCAGCUCCGGUGAACUACUACCUGGCAGCCAUGAAUUACUUCGAAGGAAAGUAUGCGAAUGUUAUCUUCGUGCUAGCCAGUGAUAACAUCGCUUGGUGCAAGUAUCACCUCCACGACAAGGGAUACAAAGUAAGCUUUAUAUCAGACGUAGAUGGUAAAGGUGCUGGCAAAGAUCUGGCAGUUUUAUCAUCCUGCAAUCACAGCAUCAUCGAUUAUGGUACCUAUGGAUCUUUCGCAGCACUUUUGGCUGCGGGAGAGACCAUAGUUUACAAUGUAACCGCCUAUUUUUCCACUUCGAUCGCAGAGGUUUUGCCUAACUGGAAAAUAAUGAGCUAAAAGAGUGGUCGUAACGUCUUUCUAAAAUGCUAAUGUCUAAAACUCUUGUUAACUUAUUAAUUAUUAAUAUUUUCUGCCUCGUCUUUCUCUAGAAAGGAUCUGAGCAAGUUUCUUCGCGAGUCAAAUUUCAACUUGAAGUUUAUACAGAAUGAUUAAUUAAUCAUUUACUUUAUAAAGGGUAUAAAUUUAAGCUCGACAAUGAUUUAUACUAAAGAGUGGAAUUAUAAAAAAAUGAUACCUAAAGUUUAGAUUUCAAGGACGGAAUGAAGACUAUACGUAAUGGAAAGGUUUUUAAAAUACUAACAAUUUGUUUAUUAACGGUUUUCCGUACUGUGGAGAUUUUUAUGUAAGAUAUGCACUAACAAACUGUGGUCGGACUUUUUAUGAAUCACGUUAUUGAUAUAAAUGAGGUGAUUAAGAUCUUAAGAGGAAACCAGGCCAGAACAAGUUUUCCAGUGUCUUCUUCACGAUUUUUAAAAGCAUUUACACUGAAACGAUAAUUAAAUAUGAAAUUCUAUUUUACCGCCUUAUUCAUGCGUCAUUACCGCGUUCUCUCAUUAAUGUACUUGAUUAUAUCACCAAGGUCAUUUUUCGUCAUUCCAAUGAUGUAAGACUGAAUCGAAGCUCUUCUAUUUUUUGUCUAUUAAACUAAGAGUCUAAUUUAUUUAAAAUUAGACCUUAGUUGUAAUUGACAUAUGUAAAUGCACGGUCUAAUAGAAUCUACAAGAAUCUAUUUAUAAAUUGUUUUAUACGGAAAUGAUACAAACAUUUAUUUGGGCUGUUUUUUAAUUGUUCACUGUGAUGAAAUGAAAUGAGUUUUUAAACACUCUUGUGAAUAUGAACUGAAAUUUUAGAUGGAAUUUAAGUAUGAAAUGAAAACUUGCUCAGCUCCGAUGCUGGAUUAAGAGAGCGAAGUAAAGAAUCUUUCGUCAGAGUCCCAGAAUUGGAUUAUAUUUUGUAUUUAUUAUAUACUCUAUGUCUUAUUUCCUAAAUUGAAUUCAAAUCUCGGGAAUGUGAGGAAAAAUAUGUUCAACAUAAUGAUCAUGUACGUUUAUUAGGAUUCCCAAAUCAGUUCUGAACUUCAUCGGAAUCUGAUUUGACAAUGAUUUUUAAUCAGUCAGUCAUCAUUCUUUUCUAUUAAAACCAGAUAUAGAGGUCUUUUUAUUAUAACUUAGGUACAAUACACGGAGAAAAAGUUGCAGCUAAUAAUUGUAUCCUAUUUUAGAAGAGUGAUAAUCAUUUCGACGUUAACGCGAAUCGUAAAAAAUGGUUACGAAAGUACUAUUGCGUCUAUGAGAUUAUUUAUUAAUAUUUCUUUAUUUCUAUGUAGAUGUUUAUUAAUAUCUCGAUUAUUGCACAUAUUCAAUUCUAAUUAUUCGAUUGAAGGAGAAUUUAAGGAUACAUUUUUUAAUCUGCAUUAAGUUUUUAUUUUUAAUAUAAUAUAUUUAUAUUAAGUGGAUGUGAA